UAGCGUUGCCAACACCUGUCUAGGUGAGCCGGCAACGCGGACUGCUGCAAUCCAAAUCUGCCGCGACGGCGCGAGGCGGGCGCAUGCGUCGUACGUUCCAAAAAAUAAAUUCUCCCGCACUGCUCGCUGUACGCUCGUCGGCGCUGCGUGAAAAUUACGGCCGCGAGUGUUUAUGGGGUGUGGUCGUGAGUGGAUGCAGUGAUCGCUCGGAGAAUGUGUCCAGGGCUGCGUCCGGGCCCGGCCUAGCCAACGGCGGCGGCAUGGCGCCGCGCGCCGCCCGCGCCUGUCAUCCCUAUAACGCACCAUGACCGACCUGCAGGCAACCUUCGAGUUCUCCGUUGAACUGUACAAGUUCUACAAUGUCGAUCUCUUCCAACGGGGGUUCUACCAAGUACGCAUCGGUUUACGAGUCUCGCCGAAAGUACCGGUGCAUAUUGAGGCUUCUGUAUCGAGUGGCAAUGGAGCGGCGAGGACGGGGAGGCCGGCUGCCGCCGCCUGUCUCAUUGGAGGCCUGGCUGCCUCUAGAACCUUCCAGAUUAUGUACAGAAAUGAGGAGAUCACUUUGCGGGACAUUGUACACUUCAGAGCGCAUUUGCUAGUUGACAGUCGCAAUCUAAAGGAGUCUCUAGAGAGAGCAGAAUGGAGCCUUGGAGUGGAAUUGUGGUGCAGCGAAGGUGUCCAGUCCAGUACUUUAGCACCUGUCUCCUGCCGCGUGCUGAAACUCCACUUCCAACCUUCGAACGGCUUGCAUUAUCAUUUACCUGUGCUAUUCGACUAUUUCCACCUGUCAGCUAUCUCUAUCACCAUUCAUGCAAGCCUGGUCGCGUUGCACCAACCUUAUAUAAAGAAAAGUAUCAUGCAUUAUGUUCAAAGUUGUACGCCUCGAUCCAGCAAACAAUGGGGUAAACUGAUGAAAAGCGCAGGAGCGAGCUUCAACGCUUCUGGAAGCUUCGAGAAUAUUCUUUUCGGUUCUGGUGGCAAAUGUGCUGGUGGGAAUUCGAGCAAAAUUGCACAUGCCAGACAAGUACAUGCUGAAGUUUGUGGCAUUCUUCUUGGAUCAUUAGAAGGCUUGCAGAGUGCGUUAGCUGUAUGUGGUUCCACUGGAGUAACGUUAACUCCAGAUGAAUCAUCUAACUCCAUUGUCGGUGAAGUCGCUCAAAGAAUGACAGAUAUCGGCGAUCUUUGUAAGAAAUCAGACGCUGGUCAAGAAGAGGAGUGGGCGAUGGGGGCAGCACAUGAUAUAGCGAGGUUAUGUGCUGAGGUGACUCUUAGAUGGCGUGCAUUCUUACACCACACCUCCGAUAGACCACACGUGCAUCAUGCGCUAGCUGCUAGACAUCACGCUCUUCGUAUAAAGCGAUUCGCUGAGUGCUUCUUUGUACUAGACAAUCCGCGGCACUCACUGGCAGGUUGCUACGAUAGUAAUUAUCAGUCAUAUCAAAGUGUAGGUGAUAUGGCGCGAAGAUCCCGAUAUCUAGCCCUGCUUCCACCUUUGCCUGUACAUUGCAUAGCAUUAGAUGGUGACCCACAUAUAAUGCCCAUAAUUUUUGAAGACAGAUAUCAAGACACAGCAGAAUUUGCUAGACGACGUUCUUUCUUAAACUCUAGUGCAAGUAAAUCCGGCAGUGAUCCGUUUUUAUGUUCCGAAUCGGUGGGGGAGGAUUGUGCUUGCAGCGUUAGCUCUAUGAUGGAUUCAAGGAGGCCUUCGUCAGAAGCGUCAAGAGUAACGUUAACACUACCGAAAAAUAUGGAUGUGUUAGAGCCACAAUAUACUACUGGGAAAGCAUCUUCAAACGUUGUACAAGCAACACUAACUUUGGCUCCUCAAAAAUCUGCACGUGGAUCACCAAAAAGAACUGUAGUAAAACAAAGCGUUGUAGAACUUACAAAACCCCACAAUAAAAAUCUGGAAAUUACAGGGCGAAACCGAUAUAUAGUUCAAAAUAAUAAAAUAACUGAAAUUCAAUUGCCACCAAAUAAUGCAUUUUCUUCUUGCUCCAUCCAACAAGGGCAGCAAUUAUCAAGAUAUUCCGCCUCAACACUAUUAGACAUCAAUGGUGCAAAAAACGCAAAUACACGUGCUGGCAAAGAUAAAUCUGAUCGCAAUGAAGUAUUCAGUCAAAAACAUGAAAUAACAAGUGGAGUUAGCACUUUGCCUGCGAGACACAGUAAGUCGUUGGAUCAACUACGAAUAUCACAAAAUAUGAUUCCACUAAAUGUUCAGACAUUGACUAAGAACGUUAGAAAUAACUCAAAUGCAUCAGUAAAUUAUCCUAAAACCUACGCAACUCCGCAGCAACCAAAACCAACCACACUUCCUAGAAGUGUAACAACUACUUCAUAUCCUACUAGUACAACUACAAGAUGUGCUUCUAAAGGGGACGACUAUAGAAGAAAUAUUAAUGAAUUCCGAGAAAAAUACAAAAACCCUUGUACGCUCAACAACCAUGGUGGCAACAAUGAUGUAUUUCAUAGCGUAGGAUAUAAUUAUAAUGGAACUAUCAAGUCGAAUUCAAACCAAAUUUACGGUUAUGCUUUCGGUAAUCAGGGUACAAUGCAAGUUAAUAAUAGUAUUCGUAAUCCGCUAGAAUUCCAAAGAGGCUAUUCUGUAAAUUUACCCCGUCCUAUGUUGCCUCCGCGUAAUUCUUAUCCACCGGUGAGUGGGAAAACUCAAGUGACUGAUAAAAGUAACUUAGUGUCAAGUAAGCAGCAUGUUCAUAGAUCUAAUUCUACGCAUGUGUUUCAUCAAAAUGUAGACUCUCAACAUAUAGACAUUGAAGCAGCACGAAAUCAACUUAGACACGAGCUCAAUUACUAUUUACAAAAAGGUGAUUGGAGCUAUGAUUUUACAACAGGAAGUCUUAUUCACAACUAUCAGAAAAAAUCUAGUAAAAGCAGUGAUGAUAGUGGGUUUGUUAUGACUUUAGAUAGAAGUAGUGAUGGUACAUCCAAAUCAACAUAUUCUAAGACCCCACCAUCAACUCCACAUUCAACUAUGGCCUCGGUCAGACAAAAAAGAAGUCGCUCAAAAGAAUCGAAACCAAAUCAGGCAGGCAAAGAAACAGCAAAAAUAAACUCCAGUCGUGAUUCAUUAAGCAGUCACCAUUCAAUAAGAUCAAGAGAUAGUAAAUCAGAUCGCCAUACAUCUAAAUCAGAUCGAAGCACUCCGAAGUCCGAUAGAGCUACUCCAAAAUCAGGUAAAGCAACACCUAAGUCUGGUGGAAUCACUCCACGAUCUGGUUUAGCUACACCCAAAUCAGGCAGGGCUACUCCGAAGUCUGGUUUAGCAACACCAAGGAGUGGAAGGUCAAGUGGAAAACCUGAUAAACGCUCCAAACAUAAACCCUCAGAGAAAAUGAGUCAACUUAUGUCGGAAGCUGCAUCUUCGUCGAGUGAUGAGAGUAUACCAUUUGAAUUAAGACGGUUGGAAUCCUCAGCUAGCGUUCCCUACAGUCUAGAUCAUGGCAAUGAAUUAAGACAUUGUAGAAGUGCAGCAUCCGUCUUAGAUGAGCCAAAUUUGAAUAAUACCUUUGGGUCUGAAUCACUCCCCAACUUAGCACCACCACCUGCUGCAUUUGACUCUCCGCCCUUAGAUAUCACAGAUAAAGAUUUUAAGAUAUUGCCUCCAGAGAAUUUUCUUAAUAAAGAGGAUAAACUGAGCUCGAGUUCUACUUCAAGCUUAAGUGAACAAAGCGGAUGGGUCUCAAGCGGAAGAAGUUCGGGUCCAUCAUCUCCGGAUAAUGGUAGUAGUGUAAACCAGAACGUUCCACCGCCCAUUAACCCAGUUAAUCCAAAAGAAAGUAAUAAAGUUUAUGAAACUCCUACUGAGGCAAGAAAACGAGAUAGUGAGAAAUUAAGGGACUUCAAAAGAAGUGUCCUCAAUGGCGAACAACUAAGAGAAAGAUUAAUGAAAUUAGCCGUAAAAGUUGAAGAUAAUGUGCCGGAGGAUAAAAUUGAGUGCUGUGAUAAAGAAGUCUGUGAAGAGUGUACAAUUUGUAGUGAUUCUAUAUGCACCGAUAGUCAGUGUGAAUAUAAUAAGGUAAUGCAAAGUAAUGGAAUUGAUACAGGCUGUACAUCUGAUACCUGUCCUGCCGCUUGUAAGCAGUGUUCAGAAGUUAGCAGUAAAGUUAAUCAACGACAUAACUCAUUCAGUGCGAUUCAAGGCAAAUCGUAUGCAUCGACUUCAAAAUCAAGUGAAGGGGCUGUGAAAAAAUCUCAAACAAUUGCAGAUAAUUUACACCCUUACAACAGAAAGGAGCUUCCUCCAAAGCCUGAACCACAAGCAAAAACAUCAAAUACAUUAGAUAAAACAAAGUUGAGAGACAGGAUUCAAUAUACAGAGAAACUAAUUGCAGCUGAAAUCCGAAGUUUGACCGUUGGCCGACCCUGUAAGAAUCAUAAAGGUGGUCCAAUUGCAGCAGUCCAAAAGUAUCAGGGUAAAGCAAAAUCAGAACUAAAUUUAAGCCAUUUUGAAGGAGACAAUGAUUAUGAGCAUUUGCCACCUCCUCAGCAGUUUAGAGAUGCCCCGCCACCUCCGGACCAAUUUAAGGACCCUCCGUCGAAAUCGCCUAUGCUCAGCCGACAAAGCAGUAAGUCGUCAACACCAUCCAAAUCCAAAAAAAUGGAACAGCCACCAAGUCUCCAAUUAGAUAAUCCACUAUAUCAUGUUUGUGAAGGCAUAAUAGAGAGGAGAAAGUUACGGCCUCAAAAAUCGUCAAGCGUGUCGGCCUCUUCAGCCACAAGCACUCUUAAUAAAAGUCAAAGCACGGGAGAGCUUGCUUCUAGAAAUGAAAAUAAUAAAGAGCGAGAAAGCAAUUUAGUGAGUAUAUUCGGCCUCGCGGAAUCGGAAAGACUGUUUGUAAAAUGUAGAGAUGAAUUUAGACAAAGUGUGAAAUAUCCUGGUGCAAUAUAUUCCGACUUCCCACCGGUCGAAAAUUCCUUGCCAUACUUUCAUAUCAGCGAUGAGUACAGAAUGUUCAACCCAGAAGGCCUUCACAUCAUUGUUUGUGUCCAUGGACUGGAUGGGAAUGCUGCGGAUCUGCGUUUAGUUAAAACCUACCUAGAGUUAGGAUUGCCUGGAGCUCGAUUGGACUUCCUUAUGUCAGAGCGAAAUCAAGGAGAUACAUUUUCCGAUUUUGAUACAAUGACGGAUAGGCUAGUUCAAGAAAUACUUACGCACGUACAGCACGCUGGUGAACCAGCGAGAAUGAGUUUCGUGGGACAUUCCUUAGGCACAAUUAUAAUUCGGUCUGCUCUGGCUAGACCACAAAUGAAACCUUUCCUUGGACGUUUACAUACAUUCCUCUCUCUUAGUGGUCCACACUUGGGCACGUUGUAUAACUCCAGUGGACUUGUAAAUGCAGGUAUGUGGUUUAUGCAAAAGUGGAAGAAGUCCGGCUCGCUUCUUCAAUUGUCUCUGCGCGAUGCAUCGGAUCCGCGGCGGUCAUUUCUAUAUCGGCUUAGUGAAAGGAGUCAGUUACACCAGUUCAAGCAUAUCCUGCUCUGUGGAUCUGGACAGGAUCGUUAUGUACCUUUACACUCGGCUAGGCUUGAGCUUUGCAAAGCGGCUGCUAAGGACACUUCGUUACUUGGACAAGCAUACAGGGAAAUGGUCCACAACAUGGUGUCACCACUUGCAGCUCGUGCGUCUUCAGUAGCGGUGGUACGUUAUGACGUUCAACACGCAUUGCCCCACACGGCCAGCGCUUUGGUUGGCAGAGCUGCUCAUAUCGCCGCUCUCGAUUCCGACUUAUUUAUAGAAAAGUUCCUUCUAGUCUCAGCCCUUAAAUAUUUCAGAUAAAGCACAAUGUCACUAUAAAUGUCGUUAUAAAUGGCAGUCAGGGGCCUUAGAAUACAUAGAGACGGACGUGAUUGUUAUCGUAAUAAAAUUUGUAUGUCAAAGAUCUAUGCAUGACCAUUCUCAUACAAAUAACAAUGACUUAAAUCACGAUGAUCAUAUCUAGGGUCCCUAAGCGCGAUUCCUUGGUUAUACUCGCUUGCAUUGAGGAAUUUUUAUAGGCUUUUAUGAUUACAUCUAUGGGUUGUACACUUAUAUCUAUUAUAAACUGUCCGGAACUUUAUAUUCACCGAUGAUAAAUUAAUUAUUACCUUUAUUAGAAAUUACUUUUGAAUCGGUUUUUUACUACUUAAGUGUAAUAUUUCCACUGAACAGCUUACGUCGUGGAUUGCGUCGCUACAAAUUCAAAAAUCUGCUAGAUUUAUACGUUUAGCAUUUUUAUCAUAAAUAAUUAUAUGACGUAAACCGUUCCUAGUUUAAUAUUAUUAUGGUUGUUAGAAAAACAUGGUGCACACUGCAAUUUUAUAAUUACAUAUUUCUAUGUUCUAAUAACACUCGUUUAUUUACUGCAAAAUACUCGCAUUUCAUGGCAUUUAUUCAUUGCACUAUUAAGUAAUGAUUUUAUAUUUAAUCCUAUAACUUAAUCUACAUAUUUGAUCCGGUGGUCGUCUGUCUACAACUGAUUUACCUCUAAGAUACAAGCUACGAUUAAGGGUAAUUAAUAAAAAAGAAGUAGAAGCGAUACUAAGCUCUAAGUAUGACUCGCGUAUGUCAAUACGCGUUUAUGACAUACGCUAGGUAUACUUAUCGCUAAACCUAAACCUUACCCACGCACCAUUAAUAAGAUUGCACUGGAUCAAACAAUGUAGAUACUUAAAAUAUUUUCAAGGAAUUAUAGGUGCGUAAUAAAAUAAAACAAUUUUAAUUAGGUAAACUCUAAGACGGAUCUUUACACCAAUUUAUUUAAGAGUAAGCAUAGCAACUGUAGAUAAUUGUAUUGUAGCUGGUAGGCUAAGAAUGACAUAAUAAUAAAUUUUAUUUAAUGAUUGUUGUGCGAACGGUGUCUUAGUCUGAGUGUCUUUGGGUAAGAUUGAGUCGAGACUAAUGCCCAAACCCAAUAACCUAUCUCAAUCUAUUUUUGAUCAAUGUGUGUGCCAAUAACCAAUCCACGGAUUUUAAUGGCCAUCUGUCGAUACAAGCUAUUCAUGGUAGGUAGGCAUCGGUCUAUGUGGAUAGAUCUUUGUAUGAAAAAGACAGUUCAACUGGGUCAAUAUCCUAUCAUAAGAUUUUAGUUACCAGUUUUUAAAGUAAUUAAAAAGCUAUUUGAUAUGUUUUAAACAUAUACAUGUAUAUUUUAAUAUUAUUUGUACGGUUAUAUUUACUUUAUUUGGUU